UAGUGUAAAAAAAAUUGAAGUUUAGAAUCUCCUUCGUCUCUUGCAGUGUACCCUUCUUGGUAACUUCGCAAGUAUCUGCUACUCGUGCUACUCCCACUAAAUCAUCAACGAAACCCGAUCCAAUCAACGUAGGUGGAUCAAAUCCUUUCCAGUUCCUGAAAUUUUCUCUCUUCUGUUGUUUGGGAAAAAAAUAAUUUAAUGGAUGCAUUUGCAAAUCAAGAAGAUGAAAAUGGUGUGAUUGCUGAAAGCUCUGCUUUUGUUAAAGGGGAACUUCCUGCAGAAUAUAGCGUCCCGCCGAAAGUUGAUUCUGAAGUUGAAGUCCUUCACGAGAAGGUCACUAAGCAAGUAAUUAAGGAAGGCCAUGGCCAGAAACCUUCCAAAUAUUCAACUUGCUUUAUUCAUUACAGGGGUUGGUCUGAAAGCACCCAGCACAAGUUUGAAGACACUUGGCAAGAACAGCGACCAAUUGAGAUGGUAUUAGGAAAAGAAAAGAAAGAAAUGACUGGCUUGGCCAUUGGUGUGGCAAACAUGAAAGAUGGUGAGCGUGCAUUGCUACGUGUGGGUUGGGAAUUAGGAUAUGGCGAGGAAGGAAGUUUUUCUUUCCCCAAUGUUCCUCCCAGGGCAGAUUUAGUUUAUGAAGUCGAGCUUAUUGGCUUUGAUGAAACAAAAGAAGGAAAAGCUCGCAGCGAUAUGACUGUGGAGGAAAGGAUUGGUGCAGCAGAUCGUAGAAAGAUGGAUGGAAAUGUUUUGUUUCAGCAAGAAAAACUAGAGGAGGCUAUGCAACAGUAUGAAAUGGCCAUAGCAUAUAUGGGAGAUGACUUCAUGUUUCAGCUGUUUGGGAAAUAUAGGGAUAUGGCUUUGGCUGUAAAGAACCCAUGCCAUCUUAACAUGGCAGCUUGUCUGAUUAAGCUGAACCGUUAUGAAGAAGCUAUAGGACAAUGUACAAUUGUACUGACUGAGGAUGAAAACAAUGUCAAAGCUCUAUUUAGGAGAGGCAAGUCUAGGGCAGCACUUGGGCAAACAGAUGCUGCCAAGGAAGAUUUUCAAAAGGCACGCAAGUAUGCUCCUGAAGACAAAGCCAUUGCAAGAGAAUUAAGGUUGCUUGCUGAACACGACAAAGUUGUUUAUCAAAAGCAGAAAGAACUAUACAAAGGAAUCUUUGGACCAAGACCAGAACCAAGAUCUAGUAAUAUGCGAGGUGGUAACUUGCUGAUUCUCAUUUGGCAGUGGUUGCUUUCACUAUUUUAUGGCCUUGUUAAUCUAUUCAAGCGUAAAAGCCCCAAAUCUGACUAAUUGAAUUGAGAUGUUUUGAUGACUUAACCAUUUCUAAGUAAGGGCCACGCAUUAUGCCUUCGAGGGACUAGUCUCUUUUUUUUUCUCUGGUGGUUGUUCUCUGUUGGUGAUAGUAUCAUGUGUAAAAAAAUUGUGGUGCUUUCACUCUUCUCUAUAGAGGAGUCAUGUUUUACAACACUACCAACAUGUGUUAAUGUUACUUUUUUGUUUUGUUGGUUUAUUUAAUAUUGGGAAUAGUAAGGGAAAAUGAAAUUCACUAGUGUGACUGAAA